ACACUGCGUGGCACUUCACUGACACUUUUGUGUGAAGAUUUAAAUGCAAGACGUAACGGAUAUUUGGUUCUGUAUAGUUUUUCAAUAAAACUUUGGGAAAAUGAACUUAUCUGUUACUCCACUCAAGAAUAAACUAUUCAACAAUGUAAUUGAGGUUCCAGCUUCUCCUUUGAUGAAGAAAAUUGGCUACGGGACAGGAGUAGGAGUUUACGAACUUCAAAGAGCUCCAUUGAACAGAACUCUGUCUCCUUGGGCCGUGAAAAAGCUUCUCAAGCACUGCCGUAAGAACAAGGCUUUAGAAAAGCGUUUACAGACAGAGGCUGAAUAUUUGCGUAAGCUAAGCCAUCCAAACAUUAUAGGCUUCAGAGGAUUCAUAAAAAAAUCGGGCGGAACGAGCUCCCUACUGAUGGAGGAAUGUGAUACCUGUCUAGGGGAUAUGUUAGAAGAGCGAUUCGAAAAUGAAAAAGGUCCUUAUGAAGCCAAAAUAAUCUUGCAGGUAGCAUAUGAUCUAGCUAGAGCUUUGGACUAUUUACACAAUAGUGCUCUACUGAUGCAUUGUGAUGUGAAAUCACACAAUGUACUUGUUAAAGGAGACUUUGAGAUUUGUAAGCUUUGUGAUUUUGGAGUUUGCCUGCCAGUGACAAAAUCAGGAAGGGUUGAUAAAUUGAAAGUUGGAAAAGAUUGUGAGUAUACUGGGACACCUUGUUGGUGUUCACCUGAGGUACUAAUUGAUCCUCCAGAUAUUACAACAAUGGCAGAUAUUUACGCAUUUGGUCUUGUUAUUUGGGAAAUGAUUGCACUUUCCCCACCUGUAUAUGAUGAUUCUAAACAAUUUGAUGAAAGCUUCCAUUGUAGCGGAUCUUUUGAUGAAUCAGAUUCUGAGAACCAGAAGACCAGGUUAAGGCCAGCUUUGCCAGAUGUAGAACUAGAUCAUGACUAUGAUCUAGUUUUAGAGACAUAUUACUGCUGUACCACUGAAGAAAAAGAAAAGCGUCCUACAGCAAAAGAUUUGACAGUACUGUUGCUAGAAGUCUUGAAUAAAGUAUAAUAAAGAAGAUCUUAACUUAUUAAGCUGAAUAAAGGCAUUAACCUUUAUUGAGCAGAGUAUGGAUGUAUGGUAAUUACCUUGACAGAACUUGAUUGGGGAAUGUUCAAUCAUCUUCCAGUAAUAAGUGAGUGCUCUCCUUGAGGUCAAUAGCUGCUCACAGCAAGUAUUCACAUUCUCAAAAAUGAUUUGCACUACCAAAGCAAAGAGCAUGUAUGUCAUUUGCAUUGUGUAGAUUCUUAGAGAUUUGCUCAGCACUUUUGAGAAUGUGGAUACCUACCCUGCUCUAUAAAACACAAUAUGAUUUUAUCUAGUUAAGGUACACCUGAAAUUAUGAUUGUGGUUUUAUCACUCAGAGAACUGCAUUGUUGUUUUUAUUUUUUCGUAAAGGUGAUUCCGGGAAAAUAUAAGGUAACCCAUAAAAGUUCAUCAUAUGAAUUUUCAUUUUCUUUAAAUAUCAAGUAAUGCUAUGAAUUGUAUUAUUUGUG